AUGGGAGAUGAGGGUGAAAGCUCACCUUGGAAGAGUACUACAGGGAAAGCUUCUCAGAAGAAAACAUAUCAACCAGCAGGGUUUGAGCCCAGGAGGAAGACAGGCCUUGAGGAGGUCAACCCCAGGGUGAGAGAAAUCCAACCCCCCAAGGGGGAUAUGCUGCUGAGACGAGCUGAGGAGAUCAGAGCCGAGCUGCAGCAGGGUGUGAAAAAGCCUUAUAAGGAGGUGAUUGACAUCUCCCAGGAUGAUUUCCACAGUGCCGGAAUGAAACCCUUCUCCUUCGUUCGUCAGGUCAUUGCUGCCUGCCUGCAUCCAGAGCUCCUUCACAGUGGCAAACUGCCUGCUGAUGUAUGUCAGAGGGCACAGAGGCUGCUGAAAGAGUGUGAUGGGGACAGUGUGGGCUCGUACUCGGACUCCUGUGGCAUCCCUCAUGUGCAACGCACUGUGGCAGAGUUCAUCACGCGGCGGGACGGGGGUCUGCCCAGCUUCCCCAAAGACAUCUUCAUCUCCUCUGGCUCCCAGAGGGCGCUGAUGGUGGUACUGAGACUGCUGGCACAGGGUGAGGGCAUGUCUCAGACAGGUGUUCUGACCCCAGUGCCCACCUGUUACACCUUCCCCAUGGUGCUGACUGAGGUGGGGGCGGUUAUGGUGCCCUAUCAGCUGUGUGAGGAGCAGGGAUGGGCACUGCAAGUGGACGAGCUCCGCAGGGUCCUCCAAGCCUCUAGGGGGCACUGUGACCCCAGGGUGCUGUAUGUCAUCAACCCAGGGAAUCCCACAGGUCAUGUGCAGAGCAGGAAAUCAAUAGAAGAUGUGAUUCGAUUGGCUGCUGAGGAGAGACUCUUCCUGUUAGCCAACGAGGUUUACCAGGAUACUGUGCAUGGUGAAGGAGUAGAGUUUGUCUCUUAUAAAAGGGUGCUGUUUGAGAUGGGCCCGCAGUACUCGGACACAGUGCAGCUGGCCUCCUUCAACUCCAUCUCCAAUGGCAUAGGAGAGGGUGGUCUGCGAGCUGGGUACGUGGAGCUGCUCAACAUUGACCCUGCUGUUGCGCUGUUUGCCGAAAUGUUGCUCUGCACUGACAUAUGCGCCCCUGUGACCGGUCAGAUUGCCCUCGCCAUCAUGGCUGACCCCCCGUGGCCUGGAGAUCCCUCCUAUGGCCAAUACGCAGAGGAAGUCCAGGCCAGCCAGGAAACUUUGAUCCGCAAUGUCCGUCGGGUUGAGGAGGUUCUGAGUGCCCUGCCAGGGGUCAGCUGCCAGCCAGCAAUGGGGGGUGUUAAUGUCUUCCCCCGCCUGUACCUCCCAGCAGGAGCGGUGGAGCAGGCCAAGGAGGCAGGGGUUGAGGCAGACCAAUUGUACUGCAAAAGGCUGCUGGAGGAGGUGGGGCUGUGCGUUGGACCCGGGUGUGAGUCUGGGCAGAGGGAGGGCAUUCACCACAUGAGGUUGCACGUGAAGGUUCCCGCUGAAGUCAUGGAGGAGGCGCUUGGACGUUUAAGGACGUUUCACCUCAGGUUCAUGAGCGAGUUCUCCUGA